AUGAACGCUGCUUGCCUUGGAGAUUUGACAAAGCCAAAGGACAUGCAGGCCAAAAUCCAGGCUUUGAAAUUGAAAAUGAACUCGGCGCCCAAGGCGCAUAAAAAGCAACUGCGACAGCAAAUUGAGGAGCUUUCGUGCCUUAAGGCAAAAAUGCUAUCAGAAACACGUUGCAGCAUGCCUGAAGCGCCCUCAAAUGCCAAAGCUAGAUCAAGGAAUCGAAGCAGAGCCCCCGAAAAGGGGUUUCCCGAAACCCCUCUCAUUUGGCAUCCAAAGGCGUCCGAGGAAGAGGAGAAAAAACUUGGAAACAUCCUGUGCUCAGCGAACCUUGAGAUCCAAGAAAUGCCCGCCGAUGGGCAUUGCCUUUUUUCUGCAAUUUCUCACCAAUUUUACACGCGGCAUUCGAAGGUUGCUUGGAAAAUGUCGUCCUCUUUUAUCCAAAACAACGCCGAUUCGUUUUUGCCGUAUUUCCUGGCCGAUGACGAGGGCGUGGAAGAAAACACUCUCGGUAGCACUGCAUAUUGUGAUGUUUUAGAAAACCUCGUUCAGCAUUGUAAGCGUGUGGCCGAUACAGCAGAAUGGGGUGGGGAGCAGGAAAUCGUUGCCCUUUCGGAGUACCACCGUGUCCCGAUUUGGGUGUACCAAGCAUCGUGCCCUCUGACCGUAGGUAUCAUCGCUAUUCACACGGCCUCGGGGAACACUAUAACUCUCUUGUUGAUAUUCGCAAUGAACAUGCAAGCGAUGUCGACUAUAGCUCCUAACUCUUCCCGCACAGGCAUCAUCAAUGCCAUGCGACUUUUGAUGCUGAUCGAUGCCGUGGGGCCCUUGAGAAUAUUCUUUCCGCUGGCCGAUCCUUCAUCCUCGCCGUGCACCAGCUACUCGCUCACUCAUAACUUUGGAAAGGACUUUAUCAGAAAAGAAAGGCUGUAUACACCUUUGGACAAUGUCUUUUUGGCCCUAAGCAAAUCGGCAAAGGGGGAUGUGGAGUCCAUAUUCCCUGCCUUGAGACUUGAUUCGUACAAAAAGCUUCUGAUCUUUACAUGGAGGGGCAUUUUGUCAAAGCUGAUGAUUCUGCCUUAUGAAAAAGACACAAUUUCACUUGUCGUGUCGAUGAACCAUUCGCAAAAUUGCAUCUUUAUUGUCGAGCAGAAAUCGGCCGACCCAUGCAUGGCAGAUGAAAAACUACUGCUUGCCGUGUAUGGAGGAAAAAAAUUUGAAACCAUUUGUACGCUUGAUGUUGACGAAUACGAGGCCCUGCAAUGUUUAGGGCGAGCCGAAACCAAUUUUCUAAACCUUCGAUUGCAAAAUGCAGUGGAUCCGGUCUCCGAAUUCGGUGCUGUCAUCAGGAGAGAUCUUGGGGAAGAUCUGACGCUAUGUUACGGUGCAGAGAUGGAUUGCGUGUGGCCUGAAUCGCUUGCCGAUUUGGAGCGCUUGCCACUGAAUAGCUUCAUUGAAUUGAAGACCAUCAACAAGCAUAUCUUGAACAGCGAAAGCUUUUUUAGGUAG